AGGAAAGUAAAGAUACAUACUGAAUGACUGUUUAAAUAAGAAACACCAUUGGGACAUAUAGUAAACGCCUGAGAAAGUAGUAUAACGCGAGAGGUCAUGGGAUGCAGGGAGUAAGGUAGGGUGGUUGAGAGAGAAAUAUAUAGAAGGGAGGAGACUUAUAAUGUGAAAAUAUAAUAUGAUUGAAUGUAGGAUUAAAUGACAAAGCUGAAAUAAGUCAUAAUUUUAACAAGUGUGUUCAGUUGGAAGGAAUAGAGAAGUAAAAAGUGAAGAGAAACGACGGAAGGAAGCCAAGUUAACAUAUGAGAAAAGUAAAAGGAAAUAUAUGAAACAAUAAAGCGGAGAAUGGAAAGUGAACGAAAACUCUAAUCUCGGACAACGGGAAGAAAAAUAGUAUGAAAAUAAUUUUAAGAACAUGAGAAUAAAUAUGAGAGCGGAAAAUGAAAAUAGAAGAAAGAAAGAGAGAAAAUAGCAAGUGGUUGGAUUUUCACACUACUUAACGAGGGAUUUGGCAGUCAAGCUGAGAUAUGUGUCAUCAUCACAGCAAGCGAAAUAUUUAGACAUCUAUACAAAGAACAGAAAGCAUUUACGCACCGGGGCAAUUUUCAUAAUUCCAAUGAAAAUAAGCCAUGAGAAAUAUUCCGGAGGAACCAGUGGCUUGUGGAAAAGGAAAACAAAUAAAUAUACAGGGUGCAGCAGAAGUAACGCCCUUUCAGGUAUGAACAAGACAAUUUACUCUCUUCCUCCUUCCUGAGAUUUAUCAGUCUUUAUGGAUGUAAAAGAAAAUAAGUGCAUCGACGAACUCUUUGGCCCAAGGAGAGACUCCUGAAUUGAUUGCAACAUCGACCCUAAUAUCAGGUAAACAAAUUUCAACCAACAGAUUCCUGAAAUAACAGAAGAUGGCUUUUAAAAUACCAUUGAAAAUAUGCUCUUUUGUUUUUGUUCUGUUUAUGGUCUACUAUAUCAGUUGGAUUUAUAACAUAGAAAUUAAAAAAUAUAGAAUAAAUAUCUUCACUCGUGACCUAAUAGACAAUGAAAAAAAGCUCUUAAUUUUAACGACGUCGUGGAAAAGUUCAAUUGAAAAGCAGAACGUUCAUGAAAAUACUGGGCAACUCUGGUCUCUAUGGCCAGGGUUAGUGCAGCCUGUUGCUUACAUGGAAAAUUCCGAGAUAUUCCGAAUAAACGAAAAAUUCAGAGAAAACAUGGAAAUGUUAAUACAACACGGCUGGUUCAUUAAACCCAUUCCAAAAGUUGCCUGUGGAAAAGUACCAGUGUUGAAAUCAAUGAUACUUGAUGUAAUAAAAAUUUUCAAAAACUCUGAUUUUUACGGCUUUGCUAAUAGUGAUAUUAUUUUCAAUCAAGGCCUUACGAAAACUCUUGAAUCGGUCAAUAAAACAGGUUUUAGAAAUGGCCCUUUAUUAAUAAUAGGACAAAGGACAAAUGUAAAUUUUACAGACGGUCGAACAAUCGACAGGCUCGAAAAUGUGGCUGAAGUCGCUAAAUCUGGUUCUUUGAUGAAAGGCAUUGCAUUAGACUAUUUCCUAACAAAUCGCCACUUUCCUUGGCAUUUGUUACCAGAUCUAGUUGUAGGACGUAUCCAUUAUGAUAACUGGUUAGUAUAUUUUGCCAUUACACAAAACAUUACUGUUAUUGAUGCCACUAAUACAGUAAUUGCAGUACACCAAACAACAGCGGAUGGAAAUGAAGCUGGAAGAAAACAUAAUAAUGCCUACUGUAACCAAAAAGUAAUUGCGAAAAUAGGGAAGCCUUUCAAAACACGAUGGGGUUAUACAACAUGCGUUCCCCUCUACACGAAAUGGAAUUCUGAAUCAAACCAAGUUGAAAUUGCAAAAAGAAAGAUUCGGAAACAUUGCCACCCAUAUGGAUGAUAUGAUUAAAAUAAUUUAUAAUUAAUAUUUUAAUUGUUACUCUAUUCAAAGUUUCAAUUGUUUUAUGUACCAUAAAUCUUUGCCAUUUGUCGUUGUGUAUUCUUUAGGGAUAGAUAUAGGAAAUUGUAAGUUUCUGAAGGUCUUUUGAUCAACAAUAUUCCCGCCAGACGAAACAUCAUUGAAUAUAAAGAGAAAAUGUGAAGUCUAUUUCAUCAGCUGUAAAUGUAAAAUUUAUUUCUUCAUGACUAGUAAUAGCAGAUUAUUAUCCGAAGAGUUUAUCGAACCCAGAGGGAUGAAGCACAAGCCUGACUUUGACGGGACUGGAUGCGUUAAAACCUGGCUAACAUAAUAUCAAUUGAGGAACAUAAGAAUCCGUAAAUGCUAAAUCUAUCGGAUGAUUUAUACAAACUGUGAAUCCGAGUUUAUCAGUAGAUUGGUUGGUGCCUUAAUCGUAGAGCAAUCAAAUAAAAAAUUAAGAUUAUAUUGUUAUAUAACAUCAUUCAGGGUUACAGUCAUUAAUCUAGUCUCUACUUCUGUACCCAGUUUAACUCAAUUUAAUCUUAUUUAAUUUAAUUCAGAGUAACCGUAAGAAACCUAUUGGGUUUCAGAGGUGGGUACUUAGCAUAUUAUUUUUACAUAGAUUUAUUAUGCAUCCUGUAGAACUUCUCCCGCUCUUUCUCUUUUUAGUUACUUUCAAAUCUCUUCUGUCUUAACUUAUAUAAAUACCCCUCUUUCGUAAAUUAGAGUAGUGAAAAUAUAUAGUAGUAGUUCCCUUUUCUCUAUGUUCUCUAUGUUCAUUGGUCUAGAGAAUAUUUUUAUUCUUUCUGACAUAUCGACCUCUCAGGACUGUGAAUUUAGCAACUAUAAAACAUCAAAGACAGAUUUCUAAAAUCUUCAUCUAUUGAAUAAUCUGGAGAAGUAAUUCUGUCUCUUUAAAACUCUAAGACUGAGCAACCCACGUAACAACAGGAUCUUCAUUUUUGUCUAAUUGCUAUUUAAACAUGUACACAUUUAUAUAGGGGAAAAUGAAGUACAAGUUCAUAUAUACGCAAUAAACACACGCACACAUAAAUGUAUAAUUUAUACACACAUGCAUACAUACAAACGUACUACAUACGUACUUGCGUACAUAUGUACAUGCAUACAUACAUAUCUGUUUACUACAUCAAAAGUUAAUAGAUUGUUGUGAAUUUCGCCCCGGGCUGUACAAAUCUCAAAGUAAAUUGUCAAAUUUUGAUAUAAUAAGCAGUUGUGUCAUCUCUCCUCAA